AGAAGCGGAGUGUUGAUGAGGAAAUUGAAACACAAAAAGUUUGAUUGGUCCAGCAACCACUUGGUGACAGAUCCAGCUUUCCACCAAGUGUUAGGUUUUCCCAGCUACUUAGAGCAGCAUUGAUUCUCUCAAGAUUGGGUGAAUAAUACUACAGAAUCACUUUGCUUUUUAUUUUUCAUAUUAAGAAGUAAAACUCUAAAGACCAUUAUAGCAAAAUGGUGACUAAAUGACCAUGGAAUCUGGAGCAGAGAACCAGCAGAGUGGAGAUGCAGCUGUAACAGAACCUGAAAACCAGCAAAUGACAGUUCAAGCCCAGCCACAGAUUGCCACAUUAGCCCAGGUAUCUAUGCCAGCAGCUCAUGCAACAUCAUCUGCUCCCACCGUAACUUUAGUACAGCUGCCCAAUGGGCAGACAGUUCAAGUCCAUGGAGUUAUUCAGGCGGCCCAGCCAUCAGUUAUUCAGUCUCCACAAGUCCAGACAGUUCAGUCUUCCUGUAAGGACUUAAAAAGACUUUUCUCCGGAACUCAGAUUUCAACUAUUGCAGAAAGUGAAGAUUCACAGGAGUCAGUGGAUAGUGUAACUGAUUCUCAAAAACGAAGAGAAAUUCUUUCGAGGAGGCCUUCCUACAGGAAAAUUUUGAAUGACUUAUCUUCUGAUGCACCAGGAGUACCAAGGAUUGAAGAAGAGAAGUCUGAAGAAGAGACUUCAGCCCCUGCCAUCACCACUGUAACGGUGCCAACUCCGAUUUACCAAACUAGCAGUGGACAGUAUAUUGCCAUUACCCAGGGAGGAGCAAUACAGCUGGCUAACAAUGGUACCGAUGGGGUACAGGGCCUGCAAACAUUAACCAUGACCAAUGCAGCCGCCACUCAGCCGGGUACUACCAUUCUACAGUAUGCACAGACCACUGAUGGACAGCAGAUCUUAGUGCCCAGCAACCAAGUUGUUGUUCAAGCUGCCUCUGGAGAUGUACAAACAUACCAGAUCCGCACAGCACCCACUAGCACCAUUGCCCCUGGAGUUGUUAUGGCAUCCUCCCCAGCACUUCCUACACAGCCUGCUGAAGAAGCAGCCCGAAAGAGAGAGGUUCGCCUAAUGAAGAACAGGGAAGCAGCACGAGAGUGCCGUAGAAAGAAGAAAGAAUAUGUGAAAUGUUUAGAAAACAGAGUGGCAGUGCUGGAAAACCAAAACAAGACACUGAUUGAGGAGCUAAAAGCACUUAAGGACCUUUACUGCCACAAAUCAGAUUAAUUUGGGAUUUAUAUUUCACCUAUUAUGGUGGAAAAAGGACUGGCUUGGCCACCAGAAAGACGAAAUAAACAUUUUAUUUUCUAAACAUUUCUUUUUUUCUAUGCGCAAAACUGCCUGAAAGCAACUACAGAAUUUCAUUUGUGCUUUUGCAUUAAACUGUGAAUGUUCCAACACCUGCCUCCACUUCUCCCCUCAAGAAAUUUUCAGCGCCAGGAAUCAUGAAGAGACUUCUGCAUUUUAUCCCCACCCUCUUCAAGAAGUAAUCAUUUGUUUACUUGUAAAUUGAUGGGGAAAAUGAGGAAAAGAAAAUCUUUUUUAAAUGAUUUCAAGGUUUGUGCUGAGCGCCUUGAUUGCCUUAGGGACAGAAUUACCCCAGCUUCUUGAGCUGAAGUAAUGUGUGGGCCGCAUGCAUAAAGUAAGUAAGGUGCACUGAAGAAGUGUGAUUGCCAAAUUGACAUGUUUUCACAUUUUCAUUGUGAAUUAUGUAAAAUUGUUAAAAGACAUACCCUCUAAAAAAGAAUUUUUAUGGUGUUGAAGAAAUUAAGAAUGAAUUCAGAGUGCUUUUUAUGUAUUCUCUUCAAUACUGAAAACUUGUCCUUGGUUCUUAAAAAUACUCUGUAUUAACUACAGCUCUUCCAUAGGGCAGUUGUUGCUUCUUAAUUCAGUUAUAUAUGUGUUCUACAUUUUGAAUACAUUAAAAGAAGUAACCAACUGAAUGAAAAAAAAGCAUGGUAUUUUAAUUUUAAAUUAAAUUGAAGUAAAUACAAGCACAAAGCUUGUUUUUAGUUAGUACUAAAUUCUUAGUAAAAAGAUGCCCUUUACUCAGAUCAACCCUUUGAGUUAUAUAACAAGGUUUUUAAAUAAAUGUUUUUAUCAUCGCCUUCAAAAAUAUUUAUAUCGUCACUCAUUUACUUAAAAAGAUAUGUCUAAUUAAACUGUUCCCAUUUGCACUUACAUUAUACCAACAGGAAAGCCUUCGAGAUGUUAAAGUGAAACAAAGUGACCUAUUUGUUUAUAAAAUGUUGUGUUGUAGAAUUAUUUUAAAUCUUUUCCACAUUAACAUACUUUAACAGAGUACCUCUAGUGAAUUUUGUAAUGAAAGAAGUUGUAAGGAUAUAGUUCUGAAAAGUAUAGUAUUAGACAUAACAAGGAAAGUAAUUUUCUUCAGACAUAUUUGAAUGACUGCUGUACUACAAUAUUUGGAUUAUCAUUCUUGCAAAACAUUUGUUUUGUUCUAAAAAGGAUAGUUAUGCUUUCCAAUAUGCUAUAUAGCUUUUGUCAUUCUAUAAAGGAGCUACCUUUUUUAACUUCUGGCUAUAACAGUCUGUUUGUAUGUAUCAUACACUGUUUCCAGUACUGCUUUUAAUUAUUAAUUAUUCAUUUUAUUCACUAAGCCUGAUAAAUCUAAAAGUUACCCUUUAAAAGAAAAGUAAGACUAAAGUGGAUUUUAAAAAUUGAAACUGACAUAAUGUUAGAUAUAAUUUCUCAUUUGAGAAGGUUAUUUCCUUUAGAAGUGAAUCUAGAAAAUUAACAUUUUUUUAUAUUUAGUCAUGGGUUAUUUUUUAAAGUUUACUUUGUUAAUGUGUUAAAAUAUACAGAUGGGUCUUUAUUAUUGGGUACAUUUUGAAAGUAAGAUUUUUAAUUAAUAUUUGUAAAUGGUAUAUUUUUGUUUGUAACAAACCAUUGUCUUUUUUCAAGGAUGAACAGAGUUUAUGAAGGAGCAUCAUUCUAAGAAUUGAGUGAUGUAGUGUAUUUGGACAAUUCACCAGAUUCUCAAGAAGGCUUUCAAACGACUGUAAAGUUUGAUGUUUAUCCUGCUGAGCUAAUGGGGAAGGUUAUAGCAUAAAAAUUAUUUGUAUACCAACCAUAUGUCAUUUUCCAAAACUGGUUUAACAGAAACCAAGCAAAAUCACAAAUAUGUUCACCAAGCAGAAUUCUUUAUUUAUGAGUCAAAAUGUCAAAGUGAACAUUUUGAAUGUCGUAUGUUUUAUAUAAAUGAAAAUUGUCUAAUAUUUAGCAACAUAAACGUUUUUCAAAAGUUGGGGCUUUCUAUUUAAUUAAAAGUUGGUGGUCCUCUGAGUCCCUGAUAAAUCAAGGCAGCCACUUCCAUAUUAGCUGGUUGGGUUUAUAAAUUAUAAAGACUGGGUCCUUUGUACCUUGAGGAUAUCUGCACUGAUUUGAAUCAGUUACUUAAUGGUGAGAUAAAUAUAUUGUUACUAAAUCUGUUUUAGACCCUUGGAGAGACUUGAAGAUUUCGGUUUAUACAGAUAGAAAUUAAGCAUUUUUGUUCAGACUUUUUUUUUUUUUUACAAGAAUUGGGGGAAAGGUGUUUUUAAGCAUGCAACUUUGAGAAUUUUUAUUAAGAAAACAACAUAAUUUAAAAAAUCUUGUAGCCAAGAACAUAAGUGGCCACAUUACCAGUAAUGUUUUUUUCUCUUGGUAUUGGCCAAAAGGGAAUGAAAAUGUCAUCAUAGGAAUCUGUAUAUAUGCUACUGAUUUGCCUAGAAAAUAGUUUGGUAUCACUUUGCAAAUAUAGGGCCAUGUGGCACUUUUAUCUAUAGGACAGAUUAACUAAUAAAAAUGAAGUGGGAGGGGUUUAUUUUUGAUAUAUUACUCUUAUGAGUUUUCAAGCUUUGAUAGUGUUUAACUGAAAAAUGGUUUAGAAAGGGCUAGAUCCAAUGUGCUCACAUUAUUAAAAAAUUGGUAUCAGAUAUAGUUCUAAGUUCAUUCUUUAUCAAACUCAAGUACCAUAUUGGCAACCAUAAUACUGUCAUAGGUGCUCUGUUCAUUUAGAUAUUCUUGGGGACGGGGUGGCAUUUGUAUAAUAUACGUGUACAUAUAUAUAUAUAUAUACAUACAGUAUAUAAUCUGAAGCUCUGAGAGCUCUUAAGUCAGGAAUGCUGAGUAUUAUAGUAUAUUGAGGUCAGAUGAAAAUAUACAUUUAUGUGUGUUCUAUUGCAUCUCUUUUGGUAGUUCCUUGGACUGCAUUACUCCAGCACUCAUGAUUAAUUUUUGUCUUCUAAUUUUCUUCCAAGUAUUUUGCUUUUUUUACUUAGUUUACUUUGGCUUUAUACUUUUAAGUAUGUUACUAGUCACUUGAAAACUCCCCUCCAACCCCCAAAGUAUUUAGUUUUUAUGCUUUGUCUCUGGCAGCUAUAACAGUGGUAAGAACAUUGUAAAGAUAGCUUGUAAAAGGUACCACUGAUUUUUCAAAAAUCAUCCUUGGGGAGGAAUUUGGUGUUUUCAUUUGAGCAGGGAUUUUGUCAGAAAAUGUGUUUUCAUGGUAGGUCAGCAGCAGUGCUAGUAUCUGAAAGCACAAUACCAGCCAGGCAGGCUGUCUGAUCAGAAGUCAUCUGGCUAAAGGUUAUCUCUGUCUCUCAGGCCUAAUCCCUACUAUCAUUUUGACCAUUCGGGGUAACGUGGAAUCAUACAAAGGCUUAGGAAGAAACAGCAAGUUUGUUUAAACCAGGAAGCUUUUACUUACUUGAAGUGACUUCAAUCUAGAUUUCUUCUUUUCAUUUUUAAUAUGUUUUAAAUUCUGUGAUUGGCUUCAGUCAGCAUAAAUUGGUCUCUUUAUUUUGAAAAUCAAAAAGAUUGCUUCAUUUUGCAGGAUUAAAUAAAGCUUGUAUCUUAAAGUUAAGAUUUUGAAUUGAAGUGGGUUUUAGAAAGUGGUUAUACACCUUUUCAGUUAUUUUCAAGAGGCUUUAUUUUGUUGCCUUUGUAGCCCUGAAAACUGUUGGUAUAUUGUUUCCCAUUGACUUAAUACAAAAGUUGUAUAUUUAUUUGGAUUAUAUUUACAUUAUAUUCUUUGUAAAUGUUUGGUUUAACUUGCACUUUUAAAAAUGACCCAGUUUGGGUAUUAGCAACUUGAGAAAUUCCCUCACCAAUUAAUUGUCAACUGACUUUUUAUGUCUUUCUCCUUUCUUCAAAUCAUGGGACUUUUUUUAAUGAAAACUUUUCAUUGAUUAAAAUAUUUUAACACCUAAAGGCUAGCUUUAUAAAUAGUUAUAAAAGAAAAAAAAUCAGGUAAUUAGAUCUAACUAGCCUAGUUAAUGAGUCUGAACCCUUAUUCUUUCUCAUCAUAGAUAGGAAGAAAAUCAACUCAAGCAAAUAAAUAUUUAUUUCUAAUUUUAAAUGAGACUGUAUCCUCACCCCAACAUUAAUACUGGCUAUAGGAUGCCAAGAUAUUCAUGAAUUUGUCCAGAGUGGUAAAAGAUUUUUCAAGGUAAUUAAUUAUUGUCAUCAUGGAGACCACAUGUAAUCAUUUUGACUAAAUUUAUUUCACUAAAAUUGGCUUUGUUAACAUCAAAGAAAUGCUGCCUAAAUCUGACUGAUUUCAGAUGAGGAGGGAGAAAGUGAAGUGUGCUCAGUAACUAGCCUGUAGGUGAAGAGUUGUGGGAUAAAUUUGCUCACUCAGUUGUACAAAGCACAACUAGAACUUUUUGUUGGGUGGCUUACAUACAUCUUGAAUACAUUUAAUGUUGAUAUGUUGGCUUUUUUAAGUUGACUGCACAGUCACUGUAUGUACUAGGAACUGGUUUCCUUGACUUUAUAGAAUCAAUGGCUAGGAAAGGCACUAAUCCCUGAGGGGUUGAACAUAUCACGAAGCAGAGUCAGUAUGGAAGAAUUUCAAAUAAACAGGGUGCUGAAGUUCCAACUGUCUCAUAUGCUUAUGAUAAGUUCUUAAUGAUUAGUGAAUGUAGCUUAAGCCUUUGUAUGUGUCCUCAGGGGGCAGACAUACUUUAAGAGGGACCAGGUAAUGUUUGAAUGGAGGGAUUAUAUUUCAGGUGUUUUAGCUUGAAAUUUAUUUUUUAAAAAAAUAAAAAUAGAAAAAAAAUAGAACAAAGCCUGUGAAGCAAAAUUGAUAAUAUAAACAGGCAAAGUUGUUUAGCACAGAGAGGAAAUAUUGACCUGUUUGCAUUCUGGUACUGUGGGUGCAGGUCCUAGCAUGAUAUAACAUGAUACAUUUUUAAUUCUCACCAGCAAGGAAAAGGAAAAUGAACAAUCUGUAGGAAAUGUCUUUGAAAAAGGUCAAACAGUAGGAAAUUCAAAGUUUACCUACUUUAUCUAGGUAUCAGUAGUUGCCUACAGAAGUGAAGCAUUUCCAAGCUUCUGUCUGAGGAGCAUCUCAGAGAUGUGAAAGUAAAUCUGAGAUAGUUGAAAAAUUGGUGGGGAAGGAAGAAAAUCCCUGCAGAUAAUGAUCUUAUGUUAGCCAAGUGAAAUGAUCUAUCAUUGUGUUGGGAAGGUUUUAUUUUCUUAUGUUUUUAAAAUUGAAUUGGUAAAUGCUUUAUAGACGUAUUUUUAUCCUGGUGUCACUCCAAUUUGUGUAUGUAAUAAAAUUAUUUAUAUUAAAAGUGGGAAAUAAUUUGUCAACAUUUUUCUGUGAGUAUAGAUUUAUUAGGGGUGGCAAAGAGUGCUAGUUAGCAGCUUUCCAUGUAAAGUUGUCCCCUUCUGAUUUGUCCACGUCAGUUGUCGUCCCCACCCCAAAAAAGAAUUAUUUCUAACCUAGAUGUAACACUUGAAACUUUUUAGAAACAAAAUAAUCAGGGAAGUUUCUAGAGAGAAACGUGUUUGCAUUUUUGGUUUUCCCUUGAAGACUGGGGUAACAAUACCUCCCCCCAAAACUAUCAGCACAAAACAGGGUAUUGAUUUUUAACUCUGAUGUUGCUAUUGGAGUUGAAUACUAAAUAACUAUGAGGGAAAUACAUUUCUAAUAAAAUUCCCUACAUUCUAGAAACAUCCCUGUUUUAAUUUUUUCCUAAAUCUUUUUGUGCUUUAUCUGUGUAAAGAGAAAAAACGUACUGAGUUAUAAUGCAUUUUAUUAACACUAUGUACAUAUUAGCUGCUUUGUGUUCAGAAUGGUAGCAUUGCUUUGUAUAUUAAAGUGAUCCUUGUGAAUUUGUGGAAUAUUGUCAUAAAGUGCUUUUUCUUACUGUAAUCUUUGUGGUAUCAACUGUCAUAAUACCCUUUUACACACAUUUAUGUGCAGUCACAUAAACAUGCUUUUAAAAACUCUGUAAGUCUCUUUUUUGGGGAUGGGAUCUCUGUAUCUUGUUUUUUUGCUGGUGUUACAUUAUAUUUUCUUGGACUUAGGUUUAUUUUGUUAAAUGAGUGAAAGUUAUGUUAGAAUAUAUCACAAGUUUGUGUUGCACAGCAACAAAAAACUAAUUCAAGCAACAACGUAUCUUCAGUUAAUUUUACUGUCUUCCUAAUUUUUAGCACAAGAUUUCUUUGUGCAGUAAGAUUGAACAGUGCCUAUUUGAAGAUUUGGAGAUGUUACUGCCUUACUGAGACAACCAUGGGCGACAUGACCAGCUGUCUCUGAUGUCAUAAAAUGCAUGUUUGCAUUGGAAGAAUAAGAAUAGUUAACUUCUCAGGUCCCCUUAUAAUUCUUAAGUCCUCUGAUCAUAUCUAAAGGGGUAGGAAUGUGGUUAAUCUGCUCUUUGUUCAAUGCAUGAGAAUAAAAGAUUCCUAUAUUAUUGGUUCAA